AUUAAUAGACAAGACGUUAUGGCGACGGAGGUAGAGAGGAAGGCAGCAGCAGAAGUUGCCGAAGUUGCUAGACGUCUACAAGAAGCAAAGGAAAGUUGUAUUCUAGACCUCUCUGGCUGUGGUCUGAUGAAGAUACCUGAUGCCAUUUAUAUGGUUUUGAGAGGAACAACUAUAAGGACAAGCAACUUAUCACGGAAUCAGUUACAGAAAGUUCCACCAAAGUUACCGGCCAACUUCAAGCUGCUUCAAGAACUUAAUCUGAGUCAAAACUUCCUAUCUGAGUUACCAGGAGAAAUGAGUUUGAUGUCGGAACUGACUGCUUUGGACUUGUCAAUGAAUCGUCUCCGUGAAAUACCACCAGUAAUCUAUCAGUUCGGUAACCUACAGGUGUUGAGGAUAACCAGGAAUGCAAUUGUUGAAAUUGAUAUGGAUAGGCUAAGUCAGAUGUCCUCUCUACAGGAAGUGGAUCUUCGCGGUAAUCCUCUGUCACCGGAAGUAAAGAGCAAUCUUCUCGAGAGAAGAUUUCGUGUGCUCAUUGAUGACGUCGAAGAGGAAGAAAGUAUGAGUGUGGAUUAAAUCCUGAUUCAUACGUGUCAUAAUGAAGAAGAAAAAGAACACGCGCCAAGAUUCGUCGGUUGUUACUAAGUUAAAGGCUUAAUGUUUACUUUUUGAUACACCAUACAAUUCCUAAAUGUGAUAAUAAAAUCAUGCUUAUUUGUAUAAGGUUUUAUUUCAUUAGGGUAAUCUAUGUCGCUGAAAUAUUGAUAAACAGAACAUUGAAUUCCAUACGCCAAUCAAUAUCCGUAUGCAGUAUUUUCAUUGUUUACAUCAGUAUGUUAGAUGUAAACACAAUGGUAUGAAAGGCGUUAUAUUCAAUGAUACUCUCUAUUGUGAAAUGAAAUGUCCGCAUUUUAUUGGAACACAAUCAUUGUAAUACAAUUCCAUAUUUUCCUGUCGAUAUGCAUUCUUGGAAUUUAUGUGGACAGUUUCAAACUUGUUGUGAAUAGCGACAACCCUGCCGAUCAUUAACAUUUAAGUGUGUUUGUACCGUUUUAAUGUUUAUAUUUAUAUACUUGUCUGUGAUGUUUGUGUAUGAUGGCAAUGUUUACGUAUUUCUCUUACCUUCCAUUGUUUCAUUACUCCAUUGGAACAGAUAUAAAUGCGUUGUAACCAUUGCUGUUUUGUUGAUACAUUUCUGCUUGUGAAAUAAAAAGAAUUGGUUCACGUAUAAUCUAUCGCA